AGAUCUUAACGUAUUAAGAUCUGUAUUUAUCAAUUGUCACUUGACACAUGUUUAGUUACUUGCACGUGGAGCGAAUUUAAACCAAAUAAAUAUUUGUUAAAUUUUAAUUCUAUUAAAAUUAUCGUGAAAAAAUAACCAAAAUGAAACCUUUAGAUUCAUCAGACUCUGAAGAGGAUUUAAAUCCCGAGACUCAUAAGAAGUCCCUAGAAAAAUUAAAAAAUAUUGAUCCUGAUUUCUAUAAUUUUCUCGAAGAAAAUGAUGAAAACUUGUUGAAUUUUGAUUUGGACUCGGAGGACGAUGUCUCGGACAAGAAUGACGACGAGGAGUCGGUGCAUGUGCCAGGGCCGCUGACUGGUGACAGCGAUGAGAGCGAUUUUGAGGAAGAAGAUUCAAAACCAACAAAGGGUAAAAUUACUCUUAAAUUAGUCAAGCAGUGGCAAGCUGAACUUCAAAGUGAUGGCAAAAUAAAACACACAACUUUGACAACUGUUAUUAAAGCUUUUAAUGCAGCCAUGUUGAGAGCUACCAGUGAAGAUGGUACAUCACAAGGAGAAUUUAAAGUUGAAGGUUCUUCGAUUUUUAAUGCUGUUAUUCAAAUGUGUGUACUUUAUUUACCUACUGCUUUAAAAAAAUAUUUAGGCAUUGAGCAAUCUGGUAAAGAUCCAAGAAACUGUAAGCAUUUUAUAAAAAUUAAAGGCCCUUUGGUGGCUUAUUUAAAUGACUUAUUGAAACUUCUCGGUGGAGUUACUUCUGAAAAUAUCUUGACUGUACUGCUAAAACAUUUACAUCAAAUGUGCAUUUAUGUCGCAUGUUUUGGGAGAAUAUCAAAGCAAUCCUUAAAAAAAUUAAUAAUUUUUUGGAGUACCGGUGAAGAAACAGUAAGAGUGUUGGCUUUCCUUUGCAUUUUGAGGAUUACAAGAAAUCAACAAGCUGCUUUACUUGACCGUGUCCUUAAAGCAAUGUAUAUGACUUAUGUGAAAAAUUGCAAAUUUGUCAGCCCAUCCACAUGGCCUGGAAUUAAUUUUAUGAGGAGGUCCUUAGUAGAAAUGUUUACUUUGGAUUUAAACGUUUCAUAUCAACAUGUUUUCCUUUAUAUCAGGCAACUUGCAAUACAUUUAAGAAAUGCUAUUGUUGUUCAAAAAGUGGAAAAUCGCCAAGCAGUGUAUAAUUGGCAAUUUAUUAACUCAUUACACUUAUGGGCAGAUCUGUUAGGAGCAACAUCAAAUAAACUGCAGUUGCAACCAUUGAUCUACCCCCUUGUGAUGAUUAUAACAAAUACAAUUAAAUUGGUACCAACACAUCAAUAUUACCCUCUAAGAUUUCACUGUAUUGAUAUUUUAAUGAAUUUGUCAAAAGAUACCAAUACAUUCAUUCCAAUAUUACCAUUUAUUGUAGAGGUGCUGACUUCAUAUGACUUCAAUAAAAAACACAAGAAAGUCUCUAUGAAACCUAUUGACUUCUCCUGCAUACUUAGACUUGCCAAGUCACAAUUAACUGAAAAUGGAUUCAAGGAUGCUACCAUAGAGAGAUUGUAUGCUUUACUAUUGGAGUACACAGCAAAUGAAUCACAUAAUAUUGCCUUCCCUGAUAUCAGCCUUCUAGCCAUUAUGCAGUUAAAACAAUUCCUCAAAACCUGUACAGUUGCUAAUUAUACAAAAAAGCUAAGACAGUUGCUUGAAAAAAUAGAAGAAAAUGCAAAAUUUAUUGAUUCUGAAAGAUCUAAAAUCAGUUUUUCAUUGAAAGAUGACAAAAUGAUUAAAGCAUGGGAAUCUAGUAUAAAAACUAAAGGUACACCUUUGUCCAUAUUCUUUGACAAUUGGAAUAAGGUAAAUAGAAUACAAAAACGUAAGAAGAUUACUAAAAAUGAUGAGAUAGCUGGAGAACUGCCAAUGAUAAAAAGACCGAAAAUUAACGAACAAAAAAUAACAAAAGCAGAAAAUAAAGGACCGUUGGUACUAUUCCCUUCAGAUAGUGAGGAUGAUAAAACUCAGUUUGGAGAAGAAGAAGAAACGAGCAGUCCUAUAAAAGUAAAGAAAAUUAAAAAGAAAAGGCAAACUAAAAAAGUAAAAAGUAAUAAUAAAAAGAAAACAGAUGAUCACGAAAUGAAUAUCCCUGAUAAGGGAGAUAUUGUACAGGAUUUGAGUGUUAGUGAUUGGUAAAAAAAUAUAAUGAUAUUAAACAGAUAA